AUGACAAAUUGUGCAGUUCCAUACUACAUCCAACAAAGUGGACUUUCUUGUGGAAUUUUUGCAAUUGCUUGGAUUUCAAAGUCUAAGAAGUCGCGUAUCAUUACACUAGAGGAACUUGCUCAGCAUAACUGUAAGGAACGUGGAGUUUGGGUCUCUCUUAAAGACUUUGUCGAAGAAGAAGACAAUGAAGAUAUAUAUAGUUCUGAUCCUCAGAGAAAUCCGGAUUUGAAAGUGGUUUCGCAACGUCCUUUUAAUGCGGAAACUCCUCUUUCAUCAAUAUGUAGCAACCCAAUAACUCCUACUGAUUUAUUUUUUGUAAGAAAUCACCUUCCUGUUCCUGAUGUUGAUCCUGAGACAUAUAGACUUGAAAUAGCUUCUUCGGUUAUAAAAGUUAACAAUCAAUCACUGAAUUUGUCUUUAAAAUUAGAAGAUAUUCUAAAGAAUUAUCCUCGUAAAAGUUUAGUAUCCACCAUUGUUUGCGCUGGGAACCGACGAUCAGAUAUGAUCAAGUAUGAUGUAAAAAAGGCUGAAUUAGAAGAACAUAGUCCUUAUGUGAAAGGCUUAUCGUGGUCUGAAGGAGCGAUUUCUACGGCAGAGUGGACUGGUGUACUGUUAGUGGACUUAUUGGCUUAUCAUCUGUUACCUUCAAACCAAAGAACAAACUAUCAAGCACUCUACGAAUUGCUUAAAAAUGCAGGUGUACGUCACAUUCGAUUUGAUGGACUAGAUAUAGAUCCUACUGGUGGAGCUUUUGGUUCAUCGCUACCAAUUGAUUUAGCUUUAGAUCCUCAGAGGGAGGUAAUCAUUGCUUUUAAAAUGAACAAUAAGCCAUUAACUCGGGAUCAUGGUUUCCCAUUGAGAAUUAUCAUACCUGGUUCUAUUGGAGCUCGUCAAGUUAAAUGGCUAGGUCAAAUUACAUUAUCAACGGACGAAAGUGAAAGCUUUUGGCAGCAGGGUGAUUAUAAAUAUGUUCUACCGAUGGGUGAUGGUAAAGUCCCAGACCUGAAGGGCUUACCGGCUAUUUUGGAUUAUCCUGUUCAGUCAGUUAUUUGUAAACCUUCUGAUGGCCAAACCCUCAAAAACACUGGGAGUGUAAUUUUGUCAGGCUACGCAUUCAGCGGAGGUGGGCGUGGGAUCAUUUCCGUUCGCAUUUCUUCGGAUGGUGGCAGGUCUUGGUAUCAAGCGAAACUGUCACCAGCCAGUCCUCCUGCAGCAGAAGGUGAUGUAACAGACAUAGACAAUCCUCAUUCUUUAAAAAACCGGAGCGUGAAACAAUGGGCGUGGACAAUAUGGACUGUGGAGGUUCCUAUUCCAAAAGAUAUUCGUGAAGCAGAGUUUGUGUGUUCGGCUGUUGAUAGCUCUUACAACACUCAACCGGAAUUCUGCUCAGCUACUUUAAACAUUCGCGGCUUAUUGUCAAACUGUUGGCACCGAAUUAAUGUUAAAUUCGACGCUUCAAGCUGA